AUGAAUAUGCAAGAAAGUGCAGAAUCAACAGAAAGUUGGUCCUGUGAACCUCUUUCUGGAAGGGCGCUAGGAGAAAUUGUUCAAGAUGCGGAAAAUUCAGCUGAUUUGGUGACUUAUAUUCGCAAACCAGAGAUAGAUUUGGACUUUAGGCUAAAGUUUAUUGCUGAACAUGAGGAGUUCUUUAAUGUUCAACUAUCGGAUCGAGAGUCAAGAAUAAGAACGUGCCACAACUUGAGUGAUGAAGGUAUACGGAGUGAUAGUCUUUUCGUCUUCGUGCCUGGGCUGGCUGGCAACUUAGAACAAUUUGAACCUUUGCUCAAGCUGGUGGACUCUGAUCGAAAGGCAUUUUUGACAUUAGAUUUGCCCGGCUUUGGUCAUAGUUCGGAAUGGAGCGACUAUCCCAUGUUGGAAGUAGUGGAACUUAUUUUCGUUCUUGUAUGUGAUGUAUUAAGGAAAAGGUCUACUGCGGUGCCGAAAAAUGAUGAUGCAAAUCCAUUUGAUGGCCGAAAGGUAGUGCUUGUAGGCCAUUCUAUGGGUUGUUUUCUGGCAUGUCAUCUUUAUGAACAGUACAUGGCUGAUACAAAGGUGGUAAAAACGCUAGUUUUGUUGACUCCCCCAAAAGCUCAUAUCGAGCAGCUUUCUAAGGAUAGGCACAUUUUCCAGUGGGCCCUUUAUGGUAUUUUCAAAAUGCCAUGGUUAUUUGACAUUUAUAGAAACAGAUUUGAUCAAGUAAAAGGUUUGCAAAGUUCCGGCAUCAAGCAGUAUUUUUACCAAGAAAGUGAUGAUGUCAAGCUGAAAUACAGGAAGCUUUGGCAAUUUAAAAAUAACAUAAGCAAUAAAAGUAGAACCAUCAUUGGUUAUUUACUCGGAUGGGUAACCGUCGAUUGGGUUAAAUUCAAUGGUCUAUUGACGCAAACGGAUAUGAAACAGAAAAUUAUAAUAUUUGGCGCAGAAAGAGACCCUAUAGCCCCCAUUAAAAAUUUGGAAUUUUACAAAGAAACAAUAAAUAAAGAAUGUCUCCGUAAAGUGAUUAUUCUACCUGAUUGUUCCCAUAAUUUAUGCUUCGAUCGCCCGGAAUUAGUGUGCGAAGAUUUUCAACGAGAAGUAAUUGAUGAAGCAGAAUUGUAG